AUGGCAGCCACAGCGGCGCAUCUCGCACUCGGCGGCGGGGGCAGCGGCAGCUUUGAGACCGCGCUGUCCGGCCUGACAAUCCAGGCGCCUCUGCUGCUGCCGCACCGCGGCGCCGCCUCGCACACUCCGCAGCUCAUCUGCGAGCUCAGCCCCGCGGAUGGCGGCUUGCUGAUCAGAUCUGCGCCUUCUGAUGACGCAUCCGCCGCUAGCAGCAGGCCGACCACCCACGUCGUCGGCAGCGUGCGUCUCGUGGCGGCGCCUCCAGCCCGCCCGCUUGACCGCGCGGGCGCCCUCGCCGCGCGGGCCGCUCGGCUGCUGGCCAGUGCGCGCCCGCCUCUGGCGCCGCCGCCGGCCGCAGCCGGGCCUGCACUUGGGUGGGUGCAGGGGGCAGCAAGCAAGAGCGAGGACGCUGGGGCCGACCUGGGAGAGCUGGACAGCUUCCUUCAGCUGGGUCAGGUGUUCAUAUUGGACCGCCUGGGCAGCAGCGCCAGCUACGUCCCCGCGGCCGUCGAUGCGGCAGUCUUGAGUGGCCCUGACGGCCCCAGCGCCGGCAGCGGCGCAGAGCGCCCGUCGGCGGCGCUGGCCGCACCGCGCGCGCACGGGGGCGCCGGCGCGGGCGAGGCGGUCAGCGACUUCCGGCUGCUUUCUGGCAGGGGGGACGGCGCAAUCUGCUGGAUCCAGGGGCUCCGCGCCAAGCCCAUGAGCCUGCGGGCGCCCGCGGUGAGGGCGGCUGGGACGGCCGCGGUGGCGUCCGAGAUUGCUGCCUCUGAGCAGUCCGAUCUGAUCUAUGAGGUCGAGUGGCUGGCGGAGGCCCCCGUGGCGGAAGAGGAGUGCGACAAGGACGCCGCGGCCGCAGCAACGCGCGUGUGGCUGCCAGGCGGCGUGCCAGCACCCAAGGCCAUAGCAGCCGCGCUUGUGGCGGCAAAGGGCGCCUUGUUGCCCGGGGCAGGCGGCGCGCCCCCGCGCGCCGCCGCGCUGCGCCUCAACGGGCGGCCGACGGCGGCCGCGGCGGGAGCUGGUGCAAUCCUCAGGACCCUGGCCUUGGAGAUCCCAGAUUCACACAUGGAAGUUGCGGAGUCAGAUCCUCUGGCAGCAGCCCCUGAGCACUGGCUGCCGCACCCGGCCGCGCUGUCUGCAACGGCGGCGGCCGCGCCGCUUAAGGCGUCCCUCCACCGGGACGCUUUCGGCGCCCGCCGCAGCGGAGCGGUCGGGCUCGUGCCCCGGCUGCUGCCGUCAGCCGCGGCGCGCGCGCGGGGGCCGUACCAGCUGCAGCCGCGGCCGAGGGGCGCGCUCGAGUCGCUGGUGCCCGUGGCCGCCGAUGUGGUGCCGCGGCCUGGGCAGGCGGUUGUGGCGGUGAAGGCUGUUGGCAUCAACUUCCGGGACGUGCUCAACGUCUUGGGCAUGUACCCCGGCGACCCAGGCCUCCCAGGCUCCGACUUUGCUGGUGUCGUUGCCUCCGGCCCUGAUGCCGGCGCCGCCGUCUUCGGCCUCACCACAGGCGCCCUCGCAUCCCACGCGCUGUGCUCGCCGCUGGCGAUGGCGCCGAUGCCGCCAAACCUCGGAUUUGAGGCGGCGGCCGCGGCGCCCACGGUGCUGACAACCGUGAACGCCGCGCUCCGCCAGCUGGCAGGCCUGCGGGCCGGCGAGUCGCUGCUGGUCCAUGGGGUGGCUGGCGGCGUGGGGCUCGCCGCGCUGCAGGCGGCCGUCGCCGCAGGGGCGCGCGCCCUGGGGACCGCAGGCGGCCCCGCCAAGCGGGCGCUCGCGCGGUCGCUCGGCGCGCGCGCUGUCGUCGGCAGCCGUGACACGGGCUUUACGUGUGACCUGGCAGUGGCAGCCGGCGGCGCGGACGUGGUGCUCAACUCGCUGACGUCACCCGGCAUGGUGGGCGGCGCGCUGGCGCUGCUGCGGAUUGGCGGGCGGCUGGUGGAGAUCGGCAAGCGCGACGUGUGGACUGGUGCAGCGGUGGCCGCUCAGCGUCCCGACGUGGCGUACAGCCUGCUGGCGGUGGACUUCCUGCCCGAAACCGUGCUUCAGAAGCUGCUGCGCCAGCUGUCCGCUGACCUGGCGGCCGGCCGCAUGGCGCCGCUGCGGGGCGUGGUGCAUGGCAUGGCAGCCGCACAAGCCGCGUUGCGGCAGAUGAGCCAGGCCCGCCACGUUGGCAAGGUGGUCGUCAGCACCCGCACCGCCGGCCCCGGCGUCCCAGCCACCACCGGCGCCGCCGACGCCCUCGCGGCCGGCGGCGCGGGAAGCGUGCUGGUCACCGGCGGCACCGGUGCCUUGGGCGGCCUCGUGGCCGCGUGGCUGGCGGGGGCCGGCGCGGCGCGCCACCUCUUGCUCACCAGCCGCGCCGGCUGCCUAGCAGCAGGAGGCGACGGUGGCGCCCCGCUGCCACUAUUGGAUCCCAGCAGUCCCCUGUUUGCAGCAGCCGUCACCAUCACUGCCUGCGACGCCGCGUCCGCAGCAGACGUGGCGGCCCUGCCCGCCACGCUCGCAGCGCGCGGCGCGCCGCCGUUGGCGGGGGUAAUGCACGCGGGCGGCGUGCUGGCAGACGCUUCGCUAGCCAAUCAGACACUCCCUGGCGUGCGCCGCGCCGCGGCGCCCAAGGCCGGCGCGCUCGGCCCCCUGCGCCGCUCGCUGCUGGCCGCCGCGCCUGUCACGCAGGUCGUGCUGUUCAGCUCGGUUGCAUCCCUGCUGGGCAGCGCCGGCCAGGCCAACUACGCCGCGGCCAACGCCGCACUCGACGCGGCGGCGGCGGCGAUGGGCGGCGCGGGGCUGCCGGUCAGGAGCGUCCAGUUCGGCGCCUGGGCGGGCGCGGGGAUGGCGGCGGCGACGGCGGCAAAGGUGGAGGCGAUGGGCAUUGGGGCGCUCAGCGCCAAGGAGGGACUGGCCGUGCUGGAGGGUGCCAUGUCUGCACAGCUGGGCGCCAGGCUCGGCUUCAGGGCGCCGCCCGUCCUGGCCGCGUCCCCCUUCAACUGGCGCCGCCUGCUGGCCGGCCGCGCCCACACGCCCCAGCUGCUCCUGGAGCACGCCCCCAGCGCCCCUGGCCCCGACGCCCCCGCCUCGGCAGCCGCCGCCACGGCCGGCGCAGCCAGCGCCGGCGCAGCCGGGCGCUUGGCUUCGAUGGCGGCGGGCCAGCGGCGUGAGCUCGUGAGGAAGCAGGUCGAGGGGGUCGUCUCCGACGUGCUCGGCGCCGCCGUGGCGCCCGACGCGCCGCUGAUGGCGGCCGGCCUCGACUCGCUCGGCGCCGUCGAGCUGCGCAGCUCCCUCGAGGCGCGGCUGGGGCUGCGGCUGCCGGCCACGCUGGUGUUUGACUACCCCAGCCAGGCCGCGCUGGUGGAGGCUCUGGACGGCAUGGUGGCUGCGGAAGCAGGGCAGGCGGCCAGCGAGGCGGCAGCUUCCUCGCCGGCAGCUACUGGCGCGGGUCUGCAGCCGCGCGCGGCCGCUCUCCAAGGCCGCGGCAUGAUUGCUGUUUCUGCAGCCGCGGCCCGUGCGCCGCGUGGCGCGGCGGGCUGCGGCGAUGGCUGCGGCGGCGCCGGUGCUGGCGGGCGGCAGCCGGGCGCGCUGGGGGAUGCCACUGCGGCAACGCCGCUGGAGCGGUGGGACGUGGAGAUGUCCCUGACGCAGGAGCGGCCGGCGCGCUUCGGCGCUUUCAUCGACGGCGCACAGGACUUUGAUUGCGCGCCGUUUGGGCUGUCUGACAAAGAGGCUGUGAUGGUGGACCCCCAGCAGCGCCUGCUGCUGGAAGCUGGGGCGCAGCUGCUGGCCGCGGCGCCGGAGGCGGCCAAGGAUGCUGUGGGCGGCGCAGCCGGCGGCGGCUGGCUUGCGCAUGUCGGCGUGUUUGUGGGCAUCAGUACCCCUGAUUACUCAGACUUGAAAAAGGCCGCAACACCAAUCGGGGUCUACUCAGCGACAGGUUCCGCCAUCAGCGUGGCUGCCGGCCGCCUGUCCUACACCUUUGGCAUGCGCGGCCCCUGCGCGGCUGUCGACACCGCUUGCAGCAGCAGCCUGGUGGCCACCCACUUUGCUGCCCUCAGCAUGGGCGAGGGCGGCUGCGUGUCGGCGCUGGUGGCGGGCGUGAAACUCAUACUCACCCCCAGCCUGUCUGCAAUGUUCACUCGGGCGGGCAUGCUGGCGCCUGAUGGCCGCUGCAAGACACUCGACGCAGCGGCAGACGGCUACGUGCGCGGCGAGAGCCUGGCGGCCCUGCUGCUGCACCACCUGCCAGGUGGCACGGAUGCCGCCGUGCCGGGCGGCGCGGCACCAAGCUGGGCCCUCGCCGUGCUGGCUGGCAGCGCCGUCAACCAGGACGGCCGCAGCAGCGGCCUCACGGCGCCCAACGGGCCGGCGCAGCAGGAGGUGAUCCGGCAGGCCCUGGCGGCGGCAGGGCUGAUGCCAACAGAGGUCGACCUGCUGCAGCUCCAUGGCACAGGCACCAGCCUGGGUGACCCCAUUGAGGUCGGGGCAGCCGCCACAGCCCUGUCCAACGGCCGCGGCGCCCGCACACCUGCCGGCGGUGCCGACGCAGCCGACGCCCCGCCGCCGCUCACGCUGGCGUCGGACAAGAGCGGCGUCGGCCACACCGAGCCGGCGGCCGGCCUGACGGGCGUCCUGCACCUGCUGCGCGGGUUAGCUGGGCGUGCGGCGCAGCCGGUGCUGCACCUGCGGGCGUUGAACCCGCACCUGGCGUCCUCCCUGGCGCCCGGGGCCUUUGCCGCGCUCAGCAUGCCCCGGCAGGCGCGCGGGGCGCCGGGCCACGGCGGCGAGGGGAGCGUCAUCGGUGGAGUCAGCAGCUUUGCUUUCCAGGGCAGCAACGCUCACAUAUUGCUGCGUGUCGAUCGGCCCGCGGCCGCGGCCGCCGCGGCCGGCGCCGGAGCGGCGGCGCAGCUUGCGCAGCCGUGGCGCAGACGGUACGCGUAUGUGCUGCCGCCCGCGCAUGCGCUGCUGCAAUCGGCGUCCCCUCAGGACGCCGCAGCCGCCGGCCGCUGCAGCUUCGUGGCGCGCCUGGCGCACCCGCUGCUCUCAUUUUUGUCAGAUCACGUCGUGGGGUCCAGGGCGGUGGCGCCGGGCGCCGCGCUGCUGGAGGCGGCGCUCGCGGCGGGCUGCUGCCUGCUUAGCUCAGGGGCCGACGACGGUGGCAACCUCGUAGGCCUGUCCAAGGUUGUGAUCUCAGCGCCGCUGGUGCUGCCGGCGGGGGGGGAGCUGGGGGGCGCGGAGCUGCGGGUGCAUGUCCACCCAGCGACAGGAGCCGUGAGCGUCUGCAGCCGCGGCGCUGCUGCGGCAGGCGGUGGCGUUGCGGAGCACGCACGGGGCAGCUUCGUUCGCCUGUCGGCACGCGGCAGCGACGAUGGCGACGGGGAGGCGUGGUCAAACGCCGUGGACAGCGAGUUUGACCGCGCGGCGGCGCGCGGCCUGGAGCCGCUGGACACGCGGCGCCUGUACGCUGACCUGGCAGCGGUUGGCCUGCGCUACGGCCCCGCGUUCCGGCUGCUGCGCGCCGCCAAAGCCGGCGCCGGCGCCGCCGCGGCGCGGCUCGGGCGGCCGGCGGUGGCGGACCAUGGCGCAUGGCACGUGCACCCGGCGGCGCUCGACAGCGCGCUGCAGCUCGGCGCCGCAGUGCGCGGCGCCGCGUCAGAGGCGGAGGCGGCAGCCGGCAGCUCGCGGACCUUUGUACCUGCCAGUCUCGAGCUCUUCGCCCUCGCGCCCGCCGGCAGCGCCCGCCCGCCGCGGGCGUGGGAUGCGGACGGCGCGACUGCGGUUGCGAGCGCGCCUGCCGGCGUGGCGCGGAGCAUGCGCGCUGCCAGCGGCGGUGCGGCGGCGUUGGUGAGAGACCUGCGGCUGUCCCUGGGCGGCCGCCUGCUGUGCAGCGUCGAAGGGCUGGAGUCUAGGGCGGUCUCAGCGCAGGCGCUGCUCGGCGGCGCCGCAGCCGGCACGGCCGCCCCCAAGGGGCCCCGCGCCGCCGCCUCGGCUGAGGACCUUGCGGAAAAUGAAGAGAUCUUGUACCAGAUCAGUUGGGUGGCCGAUGCCCCUGCAAGGCAUGAUGAUGUGGAUGCUGCUGCCGCGCUGGCGACGGCGGCCAAGACGGCAGUGGUCCCUGCGGCGGCGGGCGCGCGUGGCGCCGCCGCCUCGGCCGCAGAUGCCCUCCAGCUGCUGCAAGGGCUUGUGGCGGCUGGCGCCGCCAGUAGCAACACGCCGCCAGCCGGCGUGCAGCUGCGCACGCGCGCAGUUGGCCCCGCCGGCGCGCCGCCAGGGCCCGCGCACGCGGCCGUGAUUGGGCUGCGAGAGCAGGCGGUUUGGGGCAUGCUGCGGACGGCCGCACAAGAGGCAGCGGGCUUGGCCGUCACUGCCAACCACGCUGACCCUCUUGGCCUGGCCCUCCACAGCCCUGCUUCGGGGUUCCGUCUCCUAGCCGGGCCCCAGCAACUGCGGCAGUUUGACGGCUAUGGCGCCGCCGACGCAGGCGAUACGGCGUACGCGCCGCGCAUGCUGCGCGCCGAGGCGGGGGCGGCGCCCCCUCCGCACCAGCUGGUGCCGCGGCCGCGCGGCGCCCUGGGCAACCUGGUGCCUGUGGCGGUGAACGCUGAGUCAGCACUGCGCCCUGGGGAGGUGCUGCUGGCAGUGAAGGCCGUAGGCAUCAACUUCCGGGACGUGCUCAACGUCCUGGGCAUGUACCCUGGCGACCCAGGCAACCCUGGAGGCGACUGCGCCGGCGUCGUGCUCGCCUCCAACGCCGCCGCCGGCGCGCGCCCCGGGGACGCAGUCUUCGGCCUCGCAACCGGAUCCCUGGGCUCUCACGUGCACGCUUCUGCGCUCACGCUGGUGCCGGUGCCGCAGAACGUCGGCUUUGAGGCGGCCGCCACCAUGCCCACCGUAUUCAUCACCGUCGACGCAGCGCUCAACCAAGUGGCUGCCCUGCGGCCUAGCGAGCGAGUGCUGCUGCCGGCUGCAGCGGGCGGCGUCGGCCUGGCGGGAAUCCAGCUGGUGCAGGCGCUGGGAGCGCGGCCGCUGGCCACGGCCGGCAGCCCCGCCAAGCGCGCACUGCUGCGCUCGCUGGGCGUGGACGCCGUGUCCAGCUCCCGCGGCCUGGGCUGCUUUGAGGAGUGCGCUCUGUUUGGCGGCGCGGACGUGGUGCUCAACUCCCUGACGUCACCGGGCAUGGUGGGCGGCGCGCUGGCGCUGCUGCGGCGCGGCGGGCGGCUGGUGGAGAUCGGCAAGCGCGACGUGUGGAGCGGCACUGCGGUGGCCGCUCAGCGUCCCGACGUGGCAUACAGCCUGCUGGCGGUUGACUUCAUGCCUGAGGCAGGCCUGCACGCAGCCAUGGCGCGGCUGUCGGCGCGCCUGGCUGCGGGCGUCGUGCGUCCUCUGCCCAGCGCAGUGCACGAUCUGCGCAACGCGGCAGCGGCCCUGCGCCAGCUGAGCCAGGCGCGCCACGUAGGCAAGGUGGUGGUGCGCGCCUCUGGCGCCGUGCCUGCCACUUCCGGCUUUGGUGGCGGCAGAGGCAGGGGCUCCCCACCGUUCAGCAGGGGCGAGCGGGGCUGUAAUGGCGCAGUGAUCGUGCUGGGCGGCACAGGCACUCUGGGCAGCCUGAUGGUGCGCUGGCUGGCGGAGAGUGGGGUGGGCUGGAUCCCUGCCGCAAGCCGCAGCGGGCGGCUGUCAGGGCCGCUGGCAGAGCAGCUGCUGGGAUCAAGCCGUGCCAGCGCCGCCCAGGGCGCCGCCGUGUCUGUAGUGGCGUGCGACGGCGGUGCUGCGGCGGACGCGGCUGCCUUGGAGGCGAGCCUGGGCGGCCGUGAGGUGCUGGGAGUGCUGCACGGCGGCGGUGUGCUGGCGGAUGCUACGUUCGCCAACCAGACCGCCAGCGGCGUGCGCAAGGUGUUUGGCCCCAAGGUCCAGGCCUUGGAGCUGCUGCAGCGCCUGCUGCGCCGCCACCCUGUCGCCACCACCGUGCUCUUCAGCUCAGUGGCGUCCCUGCUGGGCAGCCCCGGCCAGGCCAACUACUCCGCAGCCAACGCAGCACUCGACGCGGCGGCGGCGGCGCUGCAGGCCGGCGGCGUCACGGCGCUCAGCGUGCAAUGGGGCGCGUGGGCGGGCGCGGGCAUGGCGGCCAACGACCCCCAGACGGCUGCGCGCGUGGAGCGUAUGGGCAUGGCGCUGGUCAGCCCGAAGGCGGGCCUGGCCGCGCUCGAGGGCGCCCUGACCGCCUCCGCCGCCAGCACCAAGCCCGUCGUGGCAGCGACACCAAUCAAGUGGCGCCGCUUUCUGGCCCGCCUGCCGCAUCCGCCUGCCCUCUUUGAGGCGUUUGCCGCAGCCCCUGCCGCCGCCGCCGCCGCAGGCCCCUCGGCGGCCACAGCCCCGGCCCUCGGCUCGAUCGCAGCGCGCGUUGCCGCGGCCGUCGCGUCGGUGGUGGGGCGGGAGCUGGGGCCUGACGCGCCGCUGAUGGAGUCGGGGCUGGACUCGCUGGGCGCGGUGGAGCUGCGCAACGCGCUGUCCGACAUGUUUGAGGUCGACCUGCCGCCCACGCUCACGUUUGACCACCCGACGCCGGCGGCGGUUGCGGGCUUCAUCGCCACCACCAAGUACCCCGGAGGCAUCCCAAGCGACAGCGCCUCCGCAGCUCCAACCGAUGCCCGCGAUCCGCCGCCCCUGCAGCCGGCCGCUGGUCCCACUGCGUCGAUGGCCGCCGCUGCGCCGCGUCGCGGCCCCCUGCUGCUGACCGCGCUGUCGGUCCGCUUCCCUGGCGCCGCGGGGGCGGGCGGCCUUUACGCGGCCAUGCGCGACGGCUCGGAGCUCCACUCGGCCGCCCCCUACCCCCGCUGGGACGUGGACGCCGUCUACCACCCGGCCGCCCCUGACGUCAGCAUGACGUCAUCGCCACGCGUCUCGACGCGCUGGGGCGCCUUCCUGCCCGACGUCCACUGCUUCGACGCGGCGGCCUUCGGGCUGUCCGCCGCGGAGGCGGCCAUGAUGGACCCCCAGCAGCGCCUGCUGCUCGAACAGGUGGCGGACGCCGCCGUGGGCAGCGGGCGCCCGCUGCAGGAGCUCGCGGGGUCCCGCGGCGGCGUAUUUGUGGGGUGCAUCUGGCUGGAGCACGGGGAGCUGCUGGCGCGGUAUGGGGCGCCUGGCAGCAGCAUGGCGGUGACUGGCAACGGCCUGGCGUUCAUGGCUUACGGUGUGACCAAGCAGCGAUCCCAGGUGGUCGUGCGGGUUGGUGACGAGGAGCAGCGCACCACCAUCGGCCUGGGCCUGGACCCCACAUGGGAGGAGACCUUUGAAUUUGCGGUGGCGGACGAGGCCACCACCCGGUGCUUUGUCAAGUUCCUCAUGGGGGCGGAGGGCGAGGAGAAGCAGAUCGGCGACGAGUGCGAGUACCUCCUCAAUGUGCUCAUCGUCAACAAGCCCACAUACAAGGGCCUCAUCGUGCCCGGCGGCAAGGUGGACAUGAUGUUCACCGCCAAGGGCUUUGGCAAGGAGGAUGUGGUGGAGGAUGACAGCGCCCUGCUGGACAUGCUGGACGGCGGCGAGAUGAUGAUGAGCGACGACGAGGAGUAG